AUUUCGUUUUUGGUUGCAAGGUCACGUGGCUAACUAUGGCGGCUUAAAAUAUCAACUCAAUAUUUAUUUUAGUUUAUUUUCCUAUUAUCUGACAAUCUAAACGAAAGAAAAUGGGACGCAGAUCUAUAAACACCACUAAAAGUGGGAAGUAUAUGAACCCCACUGAUCAAGCCAGAAAAGAGGCGAGAAAAAGGGAGUUAAAAAAAAACAAAAAGCAGCGUAUGCUUGUACGUCAAGCUGUGCUGAAAGGAAAAGACCCUACCAAAAUAUUGCAAGAGAUGGAGAUAAUCGACAAAAUGGAAUAUGAUCCGACCCAACCGCCCAAACUAAAUGAGAAAGUCUUGAAAGACAAACGGAAGAAACUUAAAGAAACUUUCCUGCGAAUUCUAAAGCUCUAUGAUAAAGAAAAUCCUGAGUAUGCAUUAGAACUAAGGAGAGCAGAGUCUGAGUAUGAUAAGAAGAGGAUCCAGUUACAGAUAUACUUUGAACAAGUGAAGAAUGCUGAACGUGUACAACUGGAUCAGAUUCCACUGCCUGACUUACCCUUGGAAUACACCAUUCCUUCUAUGAUUCCUUUACCAAAUGAAAUGCCUCCUCUUGGUGCAAUACCAGCUCCAAACCAGAAACAACCUGUAGGCAUUCUUAAAAAACCAUCCUUGUUUGUUCCUAAAACUGGUGAUGGUAAAAUCAUUGAUAUGAAACUGUACAUAGAAAAAUCACCUCCAGGACCUCCACCUGGCUCACCGCCUCCUCUUACUGACAGUGAAGAUGAAGAGUAUGAUCCUGAAAAAGAUAUUCAUGAAAUCAUUGGUAAUGUAGAUGUUGAGGAACAUGCAGCUGAAGUUGUACAAAAUGUUCCUGAGCCUGUUGGAGAACCACCUGCUGCUAAAAUUAGAAAAAUCCGUUUUGCUGAUGACAAGGCAAAGGCAGCUCCUGAGGAAACUGAGAAAGAGUUUAAGUAUCAGUUUGCUAAGAAAAUACGUAAGAAUGUCACCCCUCUACAAGCAAUGAUGUUGCGUAUGGCUGGACAACAGGCCCCUGAUGUACAGGAAGAGGAUGAAGACGAAGAGAAAGAUGAAGAGAGUGACAGUAAAGACAGCAAGGAGAAAGACAGUAAAUCAAGAGAGCAGAACAGUUCUGAUAGUGAAGAGGAUGACUCUAAGGAUGUCAAUGAAGAGGAUGAAAAUACAAAUACUGAACAGAAAAAUCUCUCAGAUGAAGAAGACAAUGCUAAGCAGAAUUCCGAUACAGACACUCAAGAUAAUAAAUCUGGACCAAUUAUGUCAAUGGCACCUGUAGUACCAACAGCAACAGACAUCCCUUCACAUCCUAAUAAGCUGAUUCCUCCAGGUCCACCUCCAGGACUACCUCCUGGAGGACCACCAGGGGUUCCACCAGGUCCACCACCUGGAGCACCAGUAUUCAUGAGACCUCCACCGCUGCGUCCUCCAGCUGGCACUAUGCCGCGUCUGUUACCACCAGGUCCACCACCAGGAAGACCUGCUGGUUUACCUCCUGGUCCACCACCUGGCCUACCACCUAAUCUGCGUGGCUUACCUCCCAGAUUGCCCCAAGGACCACCUGGUGUUGUUCCACCCCGACUCAUACGACCUCCUGGAGCAUUACCAAGCAUCCCACCUCCUGGCUUGCCUCCCCCACCUGGUGUGACUGGGCUCGGUCCAUUAAAUGCCAGUGUGUUGAGUGCCCCUCCAAGCAUUGUGAAACCUCCAUUAAAAUCCAGUGAGGACAAUGUGAAAUCUGGCAGCAGUGCUACUAUUGAAGCUAAGCCACAGAUCAAGAACCUCCUAGCUGAUGUGACACGGUUCACUCCAACAGCUCUAAAAGUAAAGAGAGGUAUCCGUGAUGCUAGAGGUCGUGUAAAGAUAAUCAAUCCUAAUCUGGCAGCGAAGGAAGAAGAAAAGAGACCUUCCGGAAUGCAGAAUAAACCCACACCCACAGUGACACAGACGAAAACUAAGGAUGAUGUGUAUGAAGAGUUUAUGAAAGAAAUGAAAAACCUUUUGUAAUUACAUUUCUCCUGUUGAGAACUGCGUUUGCUUGGGUAUCGUUGGCAAGAUUACAGCCUCUGUCUUACCUUGGGUGGCUUGCCUUAUAUCCAACACUUGUCAUGUACAUUGUCAUUUAUUAACAACCUAAGCAAAACAUCUUUAUUAAAACAUUAAUUAUACAUACAUAAAUACAUAUAUAUACACACAUAUAUAUAUAUAUAUAUAUAUAUAUAUAUUCCAUGGGCUAAUAAGUUCAAAAGAAGCUGUGCCUGGCCACUUAGAAUAAAAAGCUCAAAGACAAAUCUGAGAGUGAAUAAAACAUGUAUAUUGAAUCCAUAAUCAUAAAUCCA